AUGGUUAAAUUCGACGACAACCAGCAGAAGAUAAUUCCUCUUAUUGAUGACACAGUUGCACGCUGGAUAACCAUUACAGCGAUGAUCGACUCUGAAUCGGUGGUUGGCGGUGAUAAAUUCGGUAAUCUCUGGAUUGUGCGAUGCCCUCGAGAUGCCAGUCAGGAGGCCAAUGAGGGCGGAAAUCGCCUCACCAACACACAGGAUCAUCUGCACUUUGCACCGGCCUGUUUCAACACGGUGGCCCAUUUCUUUACACAAGAUAUUCCCACCAGCGUCACCAAAUCCAACCUCGUGGUAGGCGGACAGGAUGCCAUCCUCUGGAGCGGCUUGCAGGGCACAAUCCGCGUGCUCAUCCCCUUCGUCGCACUCGAGCCGCAGAUGUGUGCUCAAGACCCGUCACCUGUUGGCCGCAACCACUUGAUGUAUCGCGGGUAUUGCGUGCCGGCCAAGGGGGUCACAGACGGAGACCUCUGCGAGCGGUUCAGAUUACUCUCUAUGGAGACAAGGCAGAGGAUUGCGGGCGAGCUUCAUCGUACCGUGACGGAAGUCGAACAAAAGAUCUCGGUACGGUUUCUUGUCGCAUUUUCCAUGCAGCUCACCACGGACUUGAAAUACCCUUACUAA